AUGGAUCCUUUCAGCGAUACAGGAGAUCUAUACCAGAUAAAACAGCAGUUUUUCUGUGGUCAGUACGACUUGGUCGUCAAGCAUGGCCUUGAUUCCUUCUCUGCAGAAUCCCACUACAAAGCCACCGAGUAUGUGGUCAGAUCGCAUUUCGCGUUGGAAUCUAUUGAUGAUGCUUUGAAGAUAAUCAAGGAAGAUGAGACAGAAGGAGAGGAUGCUGAAAAACUGAAAUUCUUGGCCAAGUAUGCCACUUACCUCAAAUCCAGGACCGGUGGUGAGAGCUCGGACAUUGACGAAUAUAUUGAGAACUUUGCAAACCUAGAGAUUGUGGCUGUUUUGGGUUCAGUUUAUCUGAUCAAUCUUGGGAAAUUGAACCAGGCAUUGGAGUUGCUAUCGGGGAUCGAGGCUUCCUUGGAAACCAUCGCACUCACUGUUCAAAUCAGAAUCCUUACAGGCAAACUGGAAUUGGCUCAGAAGGAGUUGAGCUACGCAAAGAAGUGGGCUCAGGACGAUAUUGUAUUCAACUUCGCGGAGGCUUGGGCAAAUCUUUCGGUCGGAAGCCUCAACAACUUGCAAUCUGCCUUCUACUUCUUCGAGGAGAUCGCCCAGGGAAACACAUCGUUCAAGGGACUUGUGAGCUUGCUGGGUUUGAAUCUGCAACUCCACCAUUUUGUGGAGUCCAAGGAGGUGCUUAAUCAGCUAGAACAGCUAGCGCAGACUUCGCAGACCGAGGAGUCUCUUGCUGGGGACUACCUUGCCAACAAAGUGAGCUACGAUGCCAUCACGGGUGAGGCGGACUUUGAACAGACUGUCACUGAGUUGAGGGAGGUUGCUCCUUCUCAUCAAUUCGUUGUGGAUUACGAUGAUAAAUUGGCUACGUUCGAUGGAAUUGUGGCCAAGUAUGCUGAGCAGAUCGAGGCCUAA